CUGCAGCUCUAAACACCUUUUAUCUGGGUGGACUGGUUCGGAUACCAGGUUUCUGGCUGCUGACUUUCUGGUUUAGGCUUUGUUGUACAAGUUUUUACUGAUGAUUUAUCUGUAUUUAGUACGGUGACCUUGGGCUGAAGAAAUGAGUCAUAAAAUAAAAUGUUUUAUUAUUACAAGUCAUAUUAUAUUAUUAUUGUUAUUAUCUGUAUCAUCAUCAUCAUUACGUUCCUCAACUGAACAAAACAAGUUUUAAUAAGAUUCCUAUCUUACAGGUGAAACUAAUAUAUGAGAUAGACUACAGAUAUUUUAUAUAAUUGUGAUGAUUUGGUUUUCAGUCAAAAUCUCAGGCAAUUAGAAUAUUGUGAUCAGAACAUUAUCAGAACCAUGAUUGGAUUUUGAGUUUGUGUGACCCGGGCCCCAGCAGCCCACUGCUCCUCGGAGGGCUCAGAUGCCAAGAAAAAUUUCCCCAAGAUGAUAAAAAUAUCUGAUUAAAAUGUUUUUGCUGAAUUCUGUCACAACGAGGUGCCUCAUAGGCUGCAGGUAGGUUAGAAAAACUUCGUCUUGAGAUUAACUCGGUUCGGUGAAACCAGUUUGUUCUCCAUCAGGUCCAGUUCAUGGAGAAGCUCAGGUGAGUUGUGAAAGGAGACCUGAUGUAAUUUCCUGUUUGGAUUAUGUUAAUCCUCAUGCUGUACUUUCUGAUGAUGAUGGUGCCACAGGUUGUCUGAUAAGCCCAGAGCAGCAGGUUCCAUCACACAAAGAACAAACUUCAGAUUGCAUAUUUGGAUCCUCUAGACUAGAAUAAAUCAGAAGCUGCAGAAGAAAACGUCUAACUGUUAAGGUGCAGCUGUUUGAUGAAGGAUGGAGCUGUCUGAGGAAGAGGACCACCAUAAAAGAGAAGGAAGAGCUGGAGUAGAAUUUUAAUGGAAUAAAAAAAAUCUCAGUAUACCAGAUCUGGCUUAAUCCAGUCUGAACCAGGACAGGUCUGGUUUAAUCUGAUGAACAGAACAGUUCUGCUGGUGAAGUUUCCUGCCUAAGGACACGGCCAACUGGCAACUCUCGACGCUCACCUGGCAGCACAAACCUUUGACCUACUCGCCUGUAUGUGUGACUGAUCAUGAAGCUCAAGUGGGUUAUUUAUUGCUCGGAGCCACACGGUGUCAUUCUAACUUUAAAUUGCUGUUCUUUUGGACCACGAGGAGGCGCCAAGCAGCAAGCCAAGGGUCCAGUUUCACCUCUCUUGGAGCUCCUGCUCAGUGGGUCUGGAGCUCAGUCUCAUCCUGGGGCACCAAGGGACCCCUGACUAGAUUGGACAGCCCGCACCCCACCCCCCACCUCUUGCCCCUCCUCUCACCAGCUCCUCCACCCCACCCCUUCCCUCUCUAAUCCCUCCCUCCUCUCUCCUCUGCCUUUCCCCUCUCUCCUCUCUUGCUCCCUCUUCCUGCCCCCCACCUUCCUGCAGGCAGAGCAUCUCCUAGCUCUCUGACGGUUGGUCACAUUUAACAGAUUUUGAGCGCCGGUGAUUGCGGACCAUGCCCACCCUCCAUACAUGUGACGGGCCUCUGAUUUGUGACCAGUGGUUAUCUCUGAUGUUCAUAUUUUGAGAAGGAAACUCAGAGCGGACCUUUACUGGCACAUGAAACAUUUUGGGAGAGUUUCUGGGAUUUCCUGCAGCAUGGAGAAGAUCUGCUCUGGUAGAUUCACCUGUACUGAUUAAACAGGGCUCUUGUCUUCCACCUCAGUCAGGUUGGGAGUAAUUCACCAACAGUUAAAAGGUGAUGACCUGCUGGGCAGAAACGUUCUGCUGCAUGGAGGCCUGGACUCUCCUGCUGGUUCUGUUAGCUCUGUUGGACCUACAGUUAGUGGCUGGGCAAGAGGCUCAGCAUCAUGGAGUGAACCAUCACCACAGAGAUCAUCAUGACCUUGGAAAACAUCAUAACAUCACACUGGCUUUUAUUCUGCCACAGACUAAUGUGGAUUAUGCAUGGGCGUGGCCUCGUGUUGGCCCUGCCCUGGACCGGGCUGUCAGAACUGUAAACUCUGAUCCUACUCUGCUGCCCAACCAUCAUCUCUCCUAUGCCUUCAAGAACAGCGAGAAUGAGCACAGGAUCUGCUCUGAGUCUGUGGCGCCGCUCAUGGCGGUGGAUCUGAAGCUUGCAUACGACCCGUGGGCCUUCAUUGGGCCCGGCUGCUCCUACACAUCUUCACCAGUGGGAUUAUUCACCACCCACUGGGAUGUGCCCAUGAUCACAGCAGGUGCUCCAGCCACAGCUUUUGAUGGGGGCAUCUACCUGUCCAUCACCAACACAGGCCCCACCCACAAGAAGCUGGGCAGGUUUGCGCUGAAGAUCUGUGAGCACUUUGGGUGGCAAGAACAUGUGAUGCUGAUGUUUAGCGAUAACAAGGCAGAUGAUCGGCCAUGCUACUUUGCUAUGGAGGGUCUGUACAUGGAACUGAAGAGGAUCAACAUCAGCACUCAGGACAGCGUGUUCGAGGAGAACAAACCGGCCAUCAAUUACUCCCAGAUCCUUGCCGACAUCCAGAAUAAUGGCCGUGUGAUGUUCGUGUGCUGCUCUCCGGAUGUCUUCAGGAAACUGAUGAUCCACUUCUGGCGGGCCAACCUUCCACAUGAGCAAUAUGUCUUCUUCUACAUGGAUCUGUUUGCUGAUAGCCUGAACGCAAGGCAGAAGCAACCUUGGGCCCGUGGAGACAAGGAUGACCAUGUUGCCAAGGAGGCCUUUCAGUGUGUGAAAAUCCUGACGUAUAGAGAACCUUUGAAUCCAGAGUACCGACAAUUUGUGUCCCAGCUAAAGAUGGAUGCCCGUCAAAUGUUCAACUACAGCGUGGAAGACUCUCUGAUGAACAUCAUUGCUGGAGGAUUCUAUGAUGGUCUAAUGCUCUACAUUCAAGUUCUGAAUGAGACCAUGAUGAUGUCCAAAGGCCGUCCACCAGGAAGCAUCAUCACCAAAAAGAUGUGGAACCGAACCUUUCAUGGUGUGACAGGGAUGGUUCACCUGGAUGAAAAUGGGGACAGAGAGAUAGACUUUGCUUUGUGGGACCUGGUGGACACCAACAGCAGCACCUAUCAGAUCGCUCUGGUUUACAGCAGCUCUGAAGAAAAGCUGACAGCUGUUCCUGGAACAGUUUUAAACUGGCUGGGUGGACAGGUUCCUCAUGAUGUUCCAAACUGUGGCUUCAAGAAUGACAACCCUAUAUGUCGUACGAAAACCAUCACCAUCCACCAGAUGGCCUUCACCGUGAUCUUUUUCAUCCUCACCAUGGCCCUGGCCACAGCUGUCUUUAUCUACAGGAGGAUGAAGCUGGAGAAGGAGUUGGUGGCACAGCUCUGGAGGAUUUCCUGGGAGGACAUCCAGAUCAGCAACCUGGACAAAGUGUUGCACAGCAGCAGCCGGAUCACACUGUCACUGAGGGGAUCCAAUUUUGGCUCCCUGCUCACCGGAGAUGGAAACCUGCGGGUGUUUGCAAAGACUGGAUAUUACAAGGGAAACAUUGUGGCCAUUAAAUACACAAACUGCAAACGGAUCGAGCUCAACAGGAAGACUCUGUUUGAGCUGAAGCACAUGCGAGAUGUUCAGAACGAGCACCUGACCAGGUUCAUUGGAGCCUGCAUCGACCCCCCUAAUGUCUGCAUCAUCACAGAGUACUGCCCCAGAGGCAGUCUGCAGGACAUCCUGGAGAAUGACAGCAUCACUCUGGACUGGAUGUUUAAAUAUUCUCUCAUUAAUGACAUUGUGAAGGGCAUGGUGUUUCUCCACAACAGUGUCAUCUUGUCUCAUGGUAAACUCAAAUCUUCAAACUGUGUUGUGGACAAGCGCUUUGUCCUGAAAAUCACCGACUACGGGUUGUCUAGUUUUCGAUCAGAGACCAACUCAAGUGAUGCCCAUGCCUACUAUGCCCAGAGGUUGUGCAUGGCUCCAGAGCUGCUUCGUCUGGAGUCUCCUCCUCUUCAGGGAACCCAAAAAGGAGAUGUAUACAGCUUUGGGAUCAUUCUCCAGGAGGUGGCGUUACGGCGGGGCGCCUUCUACCUGGGGGGGAACUUGCUAAGUCCUAAAGAAGUCGUGGACCGUGUGAUUCUGGGUGAGUGGCCCUGCCUGAGACCAGUUGUGGACCCUCAAAUUCACAGUCCUGAGCUGGGUCAGCUGAUGCAGCGCUGCUGGGCCGAGGAGCCAACUGAGAGGCCUGACUUUAACCACAUUCACUUGCUGCUUCGCAAACACAACAAGGAGUCCAGAAGCAACAUCCUGGACAACCUGCUGUCCCGCAUGGAGCAGUACGCAAACAACCUGGAGGAACUGGUGGAGGAACGGACAGAAGCUUACAACGAGGAGAAACGCAAGGCUGAGGCUCUGCUGUAUCAGAUCCUACCACACUCCGUGGCGGAGCAGCUGAAACAGGGAGAGACAGUUCAGGCAGAAGCCUUUGACUCCGUCACUAUAUACUUCAGUGAUAUUGUGGGCUUCACCAACCUGUCUGCAGAGAGCACGCCCAUGGAGGUGGUCACUCUCCUCAAUGACCUGUACACCUGCUUCGAUGCCAUUAUCGAUAACUUUGAUGUUUACAAGGUGGAGACCAUUGGGGAUGCCUACAUGGUGGUGUCAGGACUGCCAGUGAGAAAUGGGAAGCAACAUGGCAGAGAGAUUGGCAGCAUGGCACUCACCUUGCAGAACGCUGUCCGGACCUUCAGGAUCCGCCACCGACCACAGCAGCAACUGGAGCUUAGGAUUGGAAUACACACUGGUCCGGUGUGUGCAGGUGUUGUGGGUCUGAAGAUGCCCCGGUACUGUCUCUUUGGUGACACUGUCAACACGUCAUCCCGUAUGGAGUCCAGUGGAGAAGCACUGAAGAUCCAUGUGUCUGCAGCAACCCGAGACAUCCUGAUGGAGUUUAACUGUUUUCACCUGGAGCUGAGAGGAACCAUCGAUGUCAAAGGCAAAGGAAGGAUGACCACCUAUUGGCUGCUGGGACAGAGCAGCAGCCAAUGAGGAAGUAGAACAGAUGGAAAACAACAAGAGAGGGUGGAGGGCUUGACAAGUCUUUUAGUCCUGCAUCAGAUCUGCCAGAAGUUUCCACAAGAGAAAAGUUCUAGGGUUCUUCGUAAACCCAGAACUCCCACGCUUAUCAGUCUUUGGAUUACAAAGCUGGAGACAACUGAAGCAGGAAUGGUGUGGAACAUAUUCUAGCAGAAAACGUGACUUUUAACCCAGAGCCUCAACUCAUACUCCUGCAGGUAAAACACCAGGGAUCUGGACCAUACUGCUCUUUGAGUUAGAAAGUAGGACUCAACGAAAGCACUGACUCUGGUCCAUCUGCUGAGUCAGGAUGGACCAGAGCUGAGUGUCUUUCUGUCAGAGUCAGAGGUCAGCAUACGUCUGCUGGUUUUUUCUCUAUAAAAAAUGUGAUUCAACUACUUUCAUGAGUCCUACAGGAAAAGUUUCCUACAAGUAGACCAGCACCAUAAAUAUUCCUCUCUCAGGAAGCCAAACCCUAGGAGUUUUAAGCUUUAGUUCCACUGAUGGGUUCGGCACCAGUCGAGUCUUUUCUGUUGCAAAAGUGCGCCAUGCAACCAACCUGGACCAUGCCAUUCACGGGUCCGCCACAAUUUUAGAUCCAAAGAACAGAGCUGUACGCCUAGAGGAGACUAAUUGUUGUCACAACCGUCUGAUUGUGGAACAGAAAAUCACAACUGCAUGUGACAAGCUAAAUAAAUGCCGGUGUUGUUUGUAUCAUUAUUAGUACAUCAACAUGAAAAGAUGUCACAAAGUCAGGUUUGGUUUGGUUCAGAACAUUCCUCCCCAUCAUCGGCAAUAGCUACAUACAGGACAGUAUACCUUCCACCCACUGGAACGAAAGCUUUAGUGAAUCUGAUCUGGACUAGAGGUAAAACUAAAUCAAACCUCGCAAACUUCUGAUGUGGAAAAAUCUAAGGAAAUAAAUGAUAAACGCACUUUAGGUAAGGGAACAUGUCUCACAUAUCCAAUAAACGACUUACUGUUCCAGUGUGCUGAUUAGAACAGCUCUACGUACUCUAACCCAACCUGUGUGGUCUUUAUUCUUUUGUUGUUCUGAAGCGGUCAUUUAUGUGGAGCUUUAAUCAGCUGAUUCUGCUGUGGCUAUUGGCAAACAUCACAACUGUACUAGCGAUGAGUAGUAUCGGGCUGAUACUUGACGUGGUAUCUCCUGUAGUUUAUAUAUUAAUGUUUCAUUAUGAAACAGGCUCCAGACUGUUAGCUGGUGGUCCAGCAGCAAAUAUCCUGAAGAUUAAACUUCACUAAAACAGGUUUGUUAGAAAAAGUUCUUUUUAAUCAGAAUGUAAAAACAAAACAUGCAAAUGAUCAAAAUGAAAAUGUCUAUUCAGAAACAAUCGUCUGUUUUUCCAGUAACUAUGUGAUGAAAGCAAAUAAAUGUUCUGACAACCAGUUUAAAAAGAUAAAAUGAUUAAACCUUUUCCUGCUGCUCACCUUUAACUUUUGUUGUAGUUUUAAAAAGAAAUAAUUAGUUCCCCUCCUUCAGAAAGAACAAACACACCCUAAAAACAUUCAGGUAUAAAACAGCUUUGUAUGAAAACAAUGACGUCACACAGGAAAAACAGGAAUACUCGGAACAUCUUGGAGGUCCUCAGCAGGAUCUUCAUGUGAUGAGCUGUGGAGAAACAUCAAAGUUUAGGUCAACUAGUUUGCCAUCGAGCACACCAACACCCCUAGAAUGUGUGAAGAUGAGAACCAGAUGGGUUAAAGUCCACAUCAGCUGCUAAGGCAGGGGUCACCAACAGUGAUGGGAAUAACGCCGUUUAAAAUAACGGCGUUCUUUUAUAGGUAACGGAAUAAUCUACGUAAUUACUUUUCCCACUGUUGCAACGCCGUUACCGUUACUGGGGACGGAAGGUUGUGUGUUACUAUGUGCUUGUUGAACGUUGAGCAUCAGUGUGAGGCUUUCUGACCGCCACACUUCAGCUGCAGCCAGGGAGAGAGGUGUCGGUAACGCACUUACAAACACGAUGAUGAUUGGCCGGGUGGGCGGUGACCCUCAGUGUUCUCACCGUCUCAGUCGCUGCCUGCUGUAGACCCAACAGAGCAGUGAUGGGAAUAACGCCGUUUAAAAUAACCGCAUUACUACAAAAAGUAUUUCUUUCAGUAACGAGCAAACUAAUUAAUUACCGUCUUAUCAAAACGUCGUUUCUGUUACUGAUAAGGAAAUGCGUACGCUAAACAGCGCGGAGUGCUGAAACAGUCAUCAGCUGAUCAGGAGCUAGAGAGGCAGAUGUUUUCGUCCAAGCACAUCACGGCCGUGAAGAACGAGGAAGACGUGAUGAAUAGUCUACAGCUGCAGGUGUGGAUCUGCAGCCGUGCCCUUCUUAGCGUGACAGCGGGACGUCCCAAAGGUCCGCUCACCUGUUCACCGCUCAGACGUCCUGAUCUUCUACCUUCCUAGAUCAUCCAGCUGUAACCUGUUCCUGAUCAUCUCUUUAGCCCCGCUGCAACACUGAUGCAUCUGUCUCAAACGUCAUGGAGCUCAGGUGUUAUUAGAACUACCUGUGUGUGUUUACCACCCAGCUUCAGCUCUUCUGUGGUUGGGUCUGACCCAAGUUAGUAAAUGUAAGUCCUUCAUCAGGUUUGUGCCUCUUCUAGUGUCUUUUUAAAGGAUUUUAUUUAUUUAUUUAACCAUUACUAGAUUACCAGCAACAGAAAUGCUACUAAUAACACACAAUCAUGUGAAGCUGGAAAAAUUAAAAUACUGUGCAAAAUUA